AUGACCGACCUUGACCCGACCCAGGUCACCGACGUGACCUGGCUCUGCUACGGCUGCACGGAGCGCACCAUCGUGUCAGUAGAUGCGGCGAUCGAGACGAAGCUGCUGGAGUACGCAAACGGUGCGACCGUCGUCUUCCACAACUACGACCGCGUCCGCCUGCUGCCCGACACGCUCUCGCUCCGGUAUGACGCGGUCGAGGUCACCGACAGCGGCGAGUACCUGUGCCGCGUCAACGGGCGCGGCACCGACGACCGACACAUCAAGCUCGUCGUCCAGGAUGUCCCGUCGGCGCCCGGACGACCCCUGAUCACCAACUUUACGUCCCGCUCGGUGUUCCUGUCCUGGACUCCCGGCAUCAGGCAAAACAACAGCCCCAUUCGAUACUACAUUAUUUAUACCAGGACUGGCGAGCACGGCGAGUGGGGUGACCAGCCCAUCACCACGCCAGACGACCAGACGACGUUCGUGGUGACCGACCUGCUGCCGUUCACCGCCUACAGCUUCAAGGUGACGGCAGUCAACGGCAUCGGCGCCUCGCCGAAUGGCACCGCCUCCUACCCCAUCAUCACGCUGAGGGAAGCGCCGUCCGGUAAGCCAGCGAUCCUGGCGGCGCACAACACAAGCUCCACCUCGGUGCGCGUCCGCUGGAGGCCAUUGUCGAGCCAGGAGCUGCGCGGCGAGUUCCAGUACUACCGCAUCACCUACCGUGAGCGUGGUGCGGCCAAAAACAGCGCCAAAGAGCUUCGGAUCAAGGACGAGAGAAUCCAGAGCCACACCAUCUUUGGCCUGCGUCCGUUCACCCAGUAUCUCAUCUCUGUACAAGUGGAGAACCCGGCUGGCCUGGGCCCCAGCUCUACCGUUGUUGUCACUACGGACGAAGGAGUCCCUGAAGCUCCGCGGCAGGUGUCCGUCCUGAACGUGACCGACACCACGGUCACCAUCUCCUGGCUGCCGCCGAGCCGCCGCAACGGUCUCAUCGAGGGCUACAGGAUCUACAUCAGCACUGGCAACUUCACUAACGCCACUUGGCUCCGGCUGCCCGUGGACAAUAUGCAGUACACGCUGAGGAACCUCGUUCCGUUCACCAACUACUCGGUGACGGUGAAGGCGUUCACGCGGAGCAUGGAGGGCCGCGAGUCGGCGGCGCUCGCGGUCACCACCGACGUGUCGGCGCCGUCGGCACCGCGGCUGACCUCGCUCGCGUGCCCCCAUACUCUGACCAUUCCUCCUCAGUUUCUGCUGUCGAACCUGACGGCCGGCACGCUCGCCGCGCCGCUCAACGCCGGCCUUAUCGCCGGCAUCGCGUGCGCCUGCUGUGCCUUCCUGCUGGCGCUGGCGGCGCUGGCCAUCUGGAGGUGUUACGUGGCGGGGUCGCGGGGCUCCACGGCCGGACCGGCGGCGGUCCGUGUGCCAGUGACGUCCCCCGCCGACUGGGAGCGGCGCGGGCCGGGCGGAGGCACCGGACCCGUCCCGGCCGCCGCCUUCUCGGCACACGUGGCUAACCUGCACGCCAACUCAGAUGAAGGUCUUUAUAAGGAGCAUGAAGAGAUACUGGAACACAGCAUGCAGCUGGGGUGGACUACAAUUGCUGAGAAAAACAGGUGUCAAGACAUCAACGCAUAUGCCCACAGUCUGGUGCCUCUGCGUCCGCUGCCCGGUCAGCGGCAGGGAGAGCACAUCGACGCCAACUACAUCGACGGCUUCCUCUUCCGCAACCAGUACAUCGGCGUCCGGACACCGUUGACUGGCUCGCUGGCGGCUUUCUGGCGCCUGAUCUGGGAGCAGCGGGUCCAGAUCGUCAUCAUGAUCACCAGCCAGGCGGAACGAAACAGGAAUACGUACAAUAAAUAUUGGCCCCUGGACGGAAAGGAAGCGUACGGUCUCAUAGAAGUGGAGCACCUGCAAACACGGCGGCUGGCGUCGUAUACAGUACGGAAGUUUGUCAUGAAGCACGCCAAGCAAAAAAGCAGAGCCGUAUGCGGCGGGCGGGUCAUCUACGAGUACCACUACACCGGCUGGCCGGCCGAGGGUGUGCCCGACCAGCCCCUGUCCAUCCUCCGCUUCGUGAGGAAGACGGCCGCCGCCAACAGCGGAGACGGGGCCGGGCCUAUCCUGAUUCACUGCAGAGCCGGUGCGGAUCGGACCGGCGUCUACGUGGUGCUGGACGCCAUGAUGAGCAUGCUGAGGCUCCGGAGCGCAGUCAACGUGUUCGGCUUCCUGAAGCACAUCGGCACGCAGCGCGGCUCCGUGGUGCCGACGGAGGAGCAGUACGUGUUCGUGCAUGACGCGCUGCUGGAGGCGCUGGAAGCGGGAGAGACUGACGUGCCGGCCUCGCGGCUCGGCGAGUGCCUACACCGGCUACGCUCCUGCGACCCGGGCCACCACCCCGGCCUCACGCUCGACCGCCAGUAUCAGCUGGUGACGUCAUACCGGCCGUCGGCGGACGAGAUGACGUCAGCCAGGCAGAACCAGGCGAGGAAUCGCAGCGGCCUGUUUCUGCCUCUGGACCGGUGGCGGGUGAACCUCUCGCUCCUGCAAGGGGUCGAGGGCAGCGACUAUAUCAACGCCACUCCUCUGACAGGUUACGACAGGCCUUGCGAGUUCAUCAUCACCCAGCAUCCGCUGGCGCACACGGUGGAUGACUUCUGGCGGAUGGUGUGGGAGCACAGCGUGCAAACCGUGGUCGUCCUCUCUCCAAUUGACGAGCAGCACUACCCGCGGUUCUGGCCGGUGUCGGGUGACGACGCCGUCGGCGACCUCUUCCGGGUGCAGCUGGCGGAGCCCCUGGCGGCGGUACGGCUGGUCGCGAGCCCCGAGUGGCCCGGGGGCGAGGUGGGCUCGCCCCUCCGCCUGGUGCGGGCCCUCCUGCGGCCCGCCGUCCGGCGCCAGGCCGAGCCGGUGGUGGUGGUUGACAGGUUUGGCGGAACGGAGGCGGCCAUGUUCUGCUGCCUUACCACACUGGCCAAACAGCUGGCCAGCGAGAACGCCGUGGAUGUCUACAUGUACGCCAAGAUGUGCCACAUGAGACGCCCAGGAGUCUGGCAGACACCGGACGAUCUGGCGAUGCUGUACCACGCAAUGGAGUGCCUAAACAGGCCGGCACUACCGGGUCCCACCAGCGACCAGUGCGAGGCCGAGGCGCCGCCGCGUCCGUCCAGUCGCGGCACCAACACCGCUCCCCGUGGCCGGCGCUGGCCGCGAGAGCCGGCCGGCUGGGGCUGGCACGCCGUCAGAGGCUGUACUGCCACCGUCUGACCUCACGCCGCCCGCGUGGUGGAUGCUAUGUCAGCAGCCGGACUUGCAUCAGCCCCUUGACUGUCCAACGCCACGACUAAUUUCUCCAGAGGUGAGGAGAUUUGACAGAAGAGCCCUCCAAUGUCCAGCCUUAUCUUUUUAAUUGGUAAGUGUUAUGGACUGCGCUCUUCUCUUCUUGAAAAACUGUGCCGUCGCUUGCGUCCGUUUUGAAGGAUGCCCUCUUAGGAGCAGACGUGACUACUAUAAAUCAUGACCGUUUCAUUGCCAGUGGGCGCGAAGGAUCUUGAUUGUGUCCUACCAUGUGGUAGCGUUUGAUGGACGGUCAAACGCCAAUGCCAUCAUUUUGUACCAGUGUAAUGAUCUCAUUUUAGAUAGAGGAUGCUGAAACUCUGUCGCAUAUAUCUUCUGUCACUGACUGGUGGACAUGGCCUGACGAUCAGCAGAUGUUCAUGACUAUUCCGCAUCAGUUCAUGACUGAUGCGGAAUAGCCUGGCCAGGGUUAGAUGAACGAACUCGCUUGCAAUUUUGUCUGUCUUCAUCCGCGCUUUCGUGUUCACUCUUCAUCGAUCGUGCAUGCCACGCUUAAUAAAGAG